CAUACCCUCUCUAUCUUCGUAUUGGUUUAAGUUUCUUAUCCCCAUCCCCAUUCCAAUAGUUUUCGGAUACUCAUGGAUGAUACCAUCCAUGCAAAUCCAAACCAAAUUCAACUUAAAAUUAAUGUAAUUAAGUGAAAGACACGUACGAUUUAGAAGUAGGACGUUGAACAAAGAUUGUAUAUCAUAAAUGAGCUACAAAAAUACGAGAAACAUAACAAAGCUAAACUUAAGUUCUUAGGGGAAAUUAGGGAAAUAAGAUGGCAUAUAUAUAUAUAUGGUGGUGUAUUCGGUGCACCCACUUUUUCGGGUGCACUCAGUGCACCCGCCUCAUAAUUAUCAUUCUGAGCAUGCGAUUCAUAUCAAAACGGUAUCAAUUGUAGCUUAUGAUAUUAUGAACAAGAAGCACAUAAAUUUGAAAAAAAUUCAUUCCAAAUUCACUUUAAUUCGAAGGAUUUAGGAUUAGGGAUUUAGGGUUAGGGUUUAGGUUUACAAUUAAGGAUUUUGGGUUGGGAUUCAAAAUUGAAGGUUAAGGGGAUAGGGUAAUGGAUUGAUUUGUUAUGAUUCUAUGUCAUAUCAUCAUAUUAUAUUGAGAGUACUAGUUAAAGUUCAAAAUCGAUGUAUUAUGGACGCUUUUAGAGUUGGGUGCACUGAGUGCACCCAAAAAAGUGAGUGCACCGAAGUAGCCACCAUAUAUAUAUAUAUUUAGAUGGAAUUGAAAAAGUGAAAUGAAGGUUUUUUUUAAAUAUUUUAGUACAAAAUGAAAGAUGGAGAGAUCAAAUGACAUGUAAUUGGGUGUUCAUAGUAUAUGAAUUAUAUAUAGGCGAUUGUGGGUAUGAAGCAUAGACACCUAAUUUUAUUCCCACCACUUUUUAUUAUUUUAUUACACAUACCUGUUCCAUCACCGGGUCAAUGCGGAAAAUCCCCUCACUGACUGAGUCGAAUAUCCACCAUCGUGAAUACAAUUGUCAUUCCUAAUAGUCUUAACACCAAAGAUUGAAAUACAGUACCGUACCAGCAGUUCGACAAGAAAAACCUCUUACUAGAUCAAUAGGCGAUACUUAGUGGUAUAAAUCGAUUGAACCACGAUUUUAACAUAAAAUACCUUAUCGCUAAGUUUUUCAGUACUAACCUACAAUACAGUAUUUCAAUCUUUGGCUUAACAACCAAUUUUUUUUUCCAAUAGUGGUUGAAUCUUAUUGUGCAAGUCCACAUACAAGUGGUUUGACAAGUGACAAACCAUGUUCGCAAGUGGCAACUGAACCCGCAACCUCUCCUUAUUCCUUAACCAGAACGAGCCAUCCAUUCCAUCCCUCUCCGGCUUUCCUCUCCAUUUCCCCGUCUCUCUGCUCCGCCGUACAAGUAUCCACAGGACCGAGGCGGAGGAGGAAAAAGUAGGAAGAUGGUGUCGCCUUCUCAAAAGAAGAAUCUCAGAGAUUCUCUCUUGUCCACCAAACUCAAGAAGCUCACCGUUAACCCGCCGGAUUCCGCCUCCGACUUCGACUUCUCUGAAGUUUUCGGUCCCACCACACCUCACCUCGACCCGCUUCUUCCGGAUCCGGAUCCAGACACCGCCUCUUCCUCCGCCUCAACCUCCUCGUCUUCUUCUUCUUCCGCACGCGCCGCCGCAGCAGCGUUGGACCCGCUCGUCAUCCACAACCGGUCCCACUCCUUCGUGGGGCCCUCCCCUCGCUACACCCUCUCCGUCCCUCUCCCCUUCAACAAAAUCCAAGAAGAAGACGACGACGAGGACGAAGAUCCCGCCGCCGCUGCCGUAGUUGAAUCUCCAAUUGCCGCCGUCGGAGAUGGCGAAUUCGAGAGGAAUGGAGAAGGAGAAGAGGAGGGAAGAAAUUGUGAGGAUGGGAGCAUCAGCGGGAGGAUUGGGCCUAGUGAUUUUGAGAUUCUGAGAAUGGUAGGGCAGGGAGCGUUUGGGAAAGUGUUUCUGGUGAAGAAGAAGAAGAAGACGACUGCGAAGAGCAAUGGUGAUGGCGAUAGCGAUGGGAUUUAUGCUAUGAAAGUGAUGAAGAAGGACAGCAUUAUAAAGAAGAAUCAUGUGGAUUACAUGAGAGCAGAGAGGGAUAUUCUAACCAAAGUCGUCCAUCCUUUCAUCGUCCAGCUUCGUUACUCUUUCCAGACCAAAACCAAGCUUUAUCUCAUCCUGGAUUUCAUUAAUGGAGGCCAUCUCUUCUUCCACCUCUAUCGUCAGAGGAUCUUCAGCGAGGAUCAAGCCAGGCUCUAUGCUGCUGAGAUUGUGUCUGCUGUUUCACAUCUCCAUGAUUGCGGGAUUGUGCAUCGUGAUCUUAAGCCUGAAAACAUUCUCAUGGAUUCUGACGGACAUGUUAUGCUGACUGAUUUUGGACUUGCAAAGGAAAUUGACGAGUCAAGUCGGUCAAACUCGAUGUGUGGAACCACCGAAUACAUGGCUCCUGAAAUUUUACUGUCUAAAGGCCACAAUAAAGAUGCAGAUUGGUGGAGUGCUGGAAUCCUCUUGUAUGAAAUGCUAUCGGGACAGCCUCCAUACACACACCAGAAUAGGAAGAAGCUCCAGGAAAAGAUCAUUAAGGAGAAGUUCAAGCUUCCACCUUUUGUAAGCACUGAGGGUCAUUCUCUGCUCAAAGGGUUGCUGCAAAAGGAUCCUUCAAAAAGGCUAGGGAGUGGACCAAGGGGAGGGGAUGAGAUUAAACACCACAAAUGGUUUCAGUCGAUCAACUGGAAAAAGUUGGAGGCGAGAGAGCUGCAGCCCAAGUUCAAACCCGAUGUGAGUGGAAAAGCUUGCAUAGCGAAUUUCGACAAGUGUUGGACUACCAUGCCUCCAGAUGACUCACCAGCUUCCACCCCAACUGCCGGGGAACAUUUCCAAGGCUACACUUACGUUGCACCGAACCCUUGGCUUUCAUCAGUUUGAAGUAAGAGGGUACCAGGCAGAAGUACUUCCAUAGCCUGAUCACCACAUAAUGACUCUGUGAGUGUAACUUUAUUUUGUUAUAACUAAUAUGACAUUUGCAUGUCACGUUCUUGAUAUGUUUGGCCUGACCAAAAAUUUAAGAGCCUCGCAGACGUAUGAGUAGCGUAAAUUACUUUGAUGUUAGGUGUAUAAAUAGCAUCUUUCACCUUACUCUCUGUUGACCCUGAAAGAUGAGAGAUAUCCAGAAAACAUGAUCACUUCAAGUGAGGAAGAACCAGGCUUCAAAAAUAACUACUCAUAUCGCAAGUUAUUUGGGGGGAAAAACCCUAGUUGGCAUGACAGAAAACCUAUAGUACCCCCCAAAUAAAUACGAUUUGCUUACCAUAGGUUGUACCUUGUGCCCAGAGCUGUCAAAGGCGCUUGCUCAUAUCUUUUUGGUGUUAAGUCUUGUGGGCUAGACUUUGAUAGAAGUUUGAUAUAGAUUUGUGUAGCUAGAGCCAUUUUUGUUGGACACUUGAAACUGUGAGGAUUUGUGGUGUUUGAAAGGAUUGAAAUUUGUUGGAACUUUCUCGAGAGGUUGGGUGUAAAGAACAUAAGUGAAUUAUAUGAAGUUUGGAUGCUAUGCAACAAUAAAUUCUUUGCUAAAUG